AUGGUCGGGGCUGCUGUAUCGGCGAACCCCCUCAAACUCGACGUGCGAAGCCAUGCAAAGUGUAUUGUCAUAUGCGUGAUUGCGACGUUGUCGACGUUUCAAUAUGGUCUCGACUAUGCGCUCGUCGGUGGGUUUUUGUCGAUGCCCGGUUUCCUUGAAGUCUUUGGAUACUAUGACGACGAGUUGAAGAAAUGGAAUAUCGACUACACCGUCCAACAACUCAUUUCCUCGCUCAUGACGAUCGGCACGUUCCUCUCGUCAUUGCUCGUGGGCCCCUUCAGCGCCAGAUUCGGACGACGACACGGCCUGUGGGCGGCGACGGUGUUGAACUUCGUCGCGACGAGUAUCCAGCUCGGCACAACGAGUAAGGCUGCGUUGUACGUGGCGAGGUUGAUUCUCGGUAUAUCUGUCGGCUGGUUCUUGACGUUCGCUCAGCUGUACGUCCACGAGGCUGCGCCCGCCCAUCUCCGCGGCAUCUCGUUUGCCGUUUACCAGGUCAUGCUUUCCGUCGGGUCCAUCGUGGGCGCGUCCGUGGACUACGGCACGCACAAAAUGAAUAACAGACGAUCAUACCAGGUCCCGCUGGCCAUCUUCUUUGUAGCACCGACCCUACAGUCCGUGCUGUUGUUCUUUUUCGCCCCGGAGAGCCCGCGCUGGCUGAUGACGCAGCGAAAAGAAGCUGAAGCGGAAAAAGCCCUGCGUCGACUGCGAAAUCCGAAUAUUGACGAGCUCGAGUUCCAGGCUGAAUACAAUGAGAUCCGCCAAUCGACUCGGGAGCAGCUGGAGCAGAAUAAAAAGGCCUUGUUCCUUGAGAUGUGGCGUGGCACAAAUCUCAGACGUACGUUGCUGUCGAUUGCGGUGGUGUGUUUCCAUUCGGCAAAUGGGUCGAGCUGGGUGAAUAUCUACACGACGUACUUCCUCGAAAUAGCACAGGUCAAGCAGCCAUUCCAGUACUCCAUCCUGGUUACUUGCACAGGACUCAUCGGCGUCUUGACCAGCUUCUUCUUCGUCCGACUGAUCGACCGCCGGACGGUUAUGCUGGUUGGGAUUUCGGCUUGCGCCAUCUGUCAGCUCGUCCCGGCAAUUGCAUGGACCAAGAAUCCUGGUACUGAGGAGACGGGCAAGGUUGUGGUUGCAUUCAUCGCGCUGUUCACCUUUUUCUACGUUGCAUACGCACCAUACGCUUGGCUCCUAGGCGGUGAAUACGUCAACAAUCAAAUGCGAGCCUUCACAUUCGGUCUGGCAACGGCCUUGAAUUUCCUGGGUAACUGGGCGGGCACAUUCAGCGCGCCGUACUUUAUCAAUCCGGCAAAAUUCGGUUGGGGCCCCAAGUACGGGUAUAUCUGGUUCGCGACGAAUGUGGUAUGUGUGGUGUUUACCUGGUUCUUCCUGCCGGAGACGAAAGAUCGUACACUCGAAGAGAUCCAUGAGAUGUUCGAGGCGAGACUGCCCGCGCGCAAGUUCAAGGGCUAUGUUUGCGUGGGUGUGGAGGGCUAUGCUGCGGAAGCGAUGGGCAAGGAUCUGGCAGAAAGGAAGGGAUUGGCUAUGCAGUCGACACAUGUGGAAGAAUUGCCUCAUCAGGAGGACAGAAGGGUGUGA